UUUGCGCAAGUGUGGCGCAGUCAGUGCCUUCAUGAGCUGACGAUGCUCACAGAGCAGCAGUACUUGCGUGCAGCUGGCCACCGCCUCGGAGGGAUGAUGUAGACCUGGGCACAAUAAUGACAUUAUGAUGUCUACUCGCCGCAUGCACGCGCUAACAUAACACUAUUCAUACCGACAACUAUGAAUCAUGCAUCUGACGCUUCUCUUCAUUUUUCUCGUGCGCAUCCUCGUUUCCGGGUUGCAGACGUCUGUAACAAUUCCGAGAGAGGAGAAUGAGUCUAUUGGGGAUGCUGUUUCCGUGCGGGUGGAGCAGGAUGCCACUGCACCACCUCCCAAACACAAUGGGAGCACUCAGGAGGCCGAAAACACCAUCACAUACCCUUCUCGUCUCAUUUACUACAUGAACGAGGAAGCUGAGAGCACUUACCAUAACCUGAAAACUCAGGCUAAGAUCCCAGACAAGAAGGGUCAGCCUGUCCAUUUGUCUCAAGCCAGUUUUCAGCUUGAGGCUUUUGGAUCCAGGUUUAUACUAGACCUCAUAUUAAACAAUGGCCUACUAUCCUCUGAUUAUGUGGAGAUUCACUAUGAGGAAGGAAAACCCAUCAUGUCUAAGGGUGGGGAGCACUGUUAUUAUCAUGGCCAGGUGAGAGGGAAUGAGGCGUCCCAUGUAGCCCUGUCAACCUGUGAUGGCUUGCAUGGCAUGUUUGAUGAUGGGGUUUAUGCAUAUUUUAUUGAGCCUUUGAAACACUCGAUUGAUGGAGCAGCUAGACCCCAUAAACUGCACAGGGCACCAAGCUUUCUAAGCUCUCAACACCUCAAGGAUGCAGAUGAGGAGGACCAGCUGGAUGACAUGGCUUGGCUGCGACGCAGGAAAAAGCGUGCUAUGCCAAGGAAUGUGUUUGAGGAGAUGAAGUAUAUCGAGCUCAUGAUUGUCAGCGACCACAAUAUGCUUAAAAGACAUAAGACCAAGCAGCAAACACGCAACUUUGCGAAGUCUGUGGUCAAUCUGGUGGAUGCUGUCUUUAUUGAACAACUGAACACACGUGUGGUUCUGGUUGCGUUGGAAAUGUGGACAGAUAAGGACCAUAUGCCAAUCAGUGUGUUGCCACUGGACAUGCUGCGAGACUUCUCCAAAUACCGACAGCAUUCCAUAAGACAGCAUGCAGAUGCAGUGCACCUGUUCUCAAAUGUGACAUUUCACUACCGUCAAAGCAGCGCUGCAUUCUUCGGAGGCAUGUGUUCACUCAGCCGUGGAGUUGGAGUGAAUGAGUAUGGAUCUGCAUGGACUGUAGCUGUCUCACUGUCCCAGAGUCUUGCUCAGAACCUAGGCAUUCAGUGGGAUCCUGUAAACAGCAAGAAUAAGGAGUGUGGCUGUGUUGAUUCAUGGGUGGGUUGCAUCAUGGAGGACACAGGAGUGCAGCACCCACGAAGGUUUUCUAAGUGUAGUAUUUCAGACUAUAAAGAGUUCCUUCUGAAAGGUGGAGGAUCAUGCCUCUUCAACCGGCCCAACAGGCUCUUCGAGCCGACAGAAUGUGGGAAUGGCUAUGUGGAGGUGGGAGAGGAGUGUGACUGCGGUGUGAGAGCUGAUUGCUAUAAAGAAUGCUGCAAGAAGUGUUCUUUGUCAAAUGGAGCACACUGUAGUGAUGGGCCUUGCUGCAACAGUACCUGUCUGUUUUACCCAAGAGGCUUCAGCUGCCGCUAUGCAGUGAAUGACUGUGAUAUUUCAGAGACCUGCUCGGGAGACUCUGGACAGUGCCCUCCUAACCUUCACAAACAGGAUGGCUCAUUUUGUCAUCUUGACCAGGGACGCUGCUAUAGUGGAGAGUGUAAGACCAGAGAAAACCAAUGCAAAUACGUAUGGGGUCCAAAGUCUGGAGGGUCGGAGAAGUUCUGCUAUGAGAAGUUGAACACAGAAGGAUCUGAAAAAGGGAACUGUGGGGAAGAUGGAGAGAAAUGGAUCCAGUGUGGAAAGCACGAUGUGUUCUGUGGGUAUCUGCUGUGUACUAAUGUUGGGCCAGUGCCCCGCAUUGGAAGAAUAAGGGGAGAGAUCACACCCACUUCCUUUAACCACCAGGGCCGAUUGAUUGAAUGCAGUGGUGGUCACGUGUUCUUGGAUGACGAAACUGAUCUGGGUUAUGUGGAGGAUGGGAUGCCAUGUGGGCCGUCCAUGAUGUGCCUUGACCGUAAGUGUCUGCCCAUCCAAUACUUCAAUAUGAGUGCCUGUCCUACCGGGCCCAACGGACACAUCUGCUCAAACCAUGGGGUUUGCAAUAACGAGGCGACGUGUACGUGUGAUGUGACGUGGGCGGGGACUGACUGCAGCAUCCCCGACCCCCCCAAAAAGCCUGCUUCCGGUGAAGACGAUGAACCACGGGCAAAUGUGGCCACUAACAGGCUGAUAGGGGCUCUAGCAGGGACUGUUCUGGCCUUGGGGGUUCUGUUUGGAGGAACUGGGUGGGGACUUGAAAAUGUCAAAAAGCGAAGGUACGACCCAAAUGCAUCAGCCAUCUAGUUGAGAAAAUGGACGGUGAGCCUCCAAAGCUUCUUAAGUAAUCUUCAGCUGGACUACAAUUUUUGCUGCUCUUUUUGGCAUUAGUUAUAAAGUAUAAAAUAAACUAUGAUAUACAGUAGAUAACAAACCACAUAUUAGUUAUGUAGAACUGCAGCUUCUCAGCUCUGCCCUGUUUCAAAUCCCAAGCUCACUAAGAUGGUUUUAUUCCCAGGCUUCAUAUUUCAUACUGAUCAAUCCGACUCUUUACAUCUCACCACAUUACAGAGCACCUGCUACUCUGACACCCUAGCCAAAGGGCUGCAUGGCUAGCUAUGCUUACCGUUACCUUCCUCUGAAAGGGAAAGGAGAAAAUGACCUUUCACACUUAUAGGAGAACAAUUAUGACAUUAUUCUGCUCACUGACCUGCAGUUUCUCUGGGACAGACUGUAAAUCGCCACAGACUGCGACAUCCUCAGUGGUUUAUUGCAUCAAGUUGAACCCAGUUGAAUUUAGGCCUUAACAUAUUACACAUAUCAUAUAGAGACAUGGAGUAGACUGGACUCUACUGCUACACCGGCAGAGAAUGAGUUACGGUGCUGAUCUGUAAGAUCAUUUUAUGCUGAGUGUUUCAGCAUUAUGUUUUUGAUGCUUUUGAUAGAGGAUGUUAUAUCGUAGGCAUAGUUUAAAACCGCCAUAAAACAGUUUUGCUCAUUAUUCACGUUAAUCACAAAUAUUGUAACUGUAGUAUUAAAUCUCAUCAGAUUAAGAUAUGUUGUAUACAAAUAUCUACCAGAUGAGGUAUUGCUGAAGGUAUCGAGCUGGACAAGCCAAUAUGAUACCCCUUGACAGUGACCAAGCCAAAGAAAUAUUUGCAGGCAUUUGGGUGUCUAAUGGAGAACACCUUAACCCCUUGCAAUAUGUAGUGUUAGACAAGGAGGAGGCUUAUUGGCUUAGAAGCCAAUCGAAAUAAAGUAAAAGAAAUUACUAACAGUUUGCCAUAUGAGAAUCUAGGGAGAUUAACAGUCAAUAACAGUAAGUCAAAAAGCGAAUACCAUACUAUGUAGGCUUGAAGAUGUUUCAUCACUCAUCCAUUUCUGAACCGAUUUGGUUAGUCUAAACUGCUAAAUGGACAAAACUUGGAAAAUGACAUUGCAAGACCUGCCAUUUUGAUUUACUGCAUCUAAACACUUUACGAUUUGCUUCCCUGGAACACAGAAAAUCUUCAUAUAAAUUAUACAAACAUGUACAUGUUUCACUUUUACCUUAGAUAAAGUCUUGUAUCAAUUAUGCAGCACUUCAUUCAGCUCUCUCUGCUAAGCCUGUAUAGGGUGUAAUCGCUUUGCUGCAUGCAUUCACAAUAGUUUACUAAUUACUAUAUAAAACAGUCCCCAAACCACAAAGAAACUUAUGCUACAGAAGGAUGUGCGCAUGUCAGCUACAGAACAUCUACCUUUUAUUUACUAUGCAAAAAAAAAUCUUGCACAAACUCAAAGAGUUAUUGGAUGUGAUGAUAAACUCAAUGCCAUUAUAUACAAAAACAAGAUUGCCAGUAAGGCCAUCUUUCUUUCUUUUUUUUUUCUUUCUUUUUUUUUAAAUAUUAGCCAGACUAUUAAAUGCAUUGUUGUGCUUCAUAUAAAAGAAUGUUUGACAGAAGUCAUGUGGGAAUUGAAUACAUGUAUUUUAAUUUAACAGGAAAGAAUGUAUAGUAUUGUGUCGGGUUUGGAAUAAAUCCGGUAAUUAUUUCCUUGUCUGAUAUUUCAGGUGAGGUUUUAAGAUCUCACUUUUUAAAAAUGUAAUGCUUUAUUUUUCAUUAAUUACUGACUAGACUUCUGUUGUGAGCAGAGGGCAAACACACUUACCACCUUUACUCACAGUAUAUGUACAGAAGUUCAAUACAAUAAAAAAUAUGAUCAAUAAACUUCAAAAGUUUUCGAUUUCAA